AUGGAUAGUUCGAGAGUACUCGUAUUUGCUAGACAAGUCGACAACAACACCAACAACGACAAUUUUGACGAUGGGUAUUGGUGGUACAGUUCGACGGCCUACGCGAUAAAAUGGGCAAUCAUAGCCGCCAUCCUCGUCGCCCUCUUCCUGUUCUUCAUAGUCGGAUACCUACACGCCCGUCGUCGCAUGCGGAAAGGACAACCUCCACUCGCCUAUCAUCGAUGGUUGGUUCCCCGGAGUCAACGAAUGGCUUUUGCACAGCAAUACCCGCAGUACGCUGCACAGGCCGGCGUGUACAGUAUCGCGGCGCGGCCCAUGUAUCACCCUUACGGGCCUGGACAACAGGCGUAUCCGAUGGGUGCAUACGGUCCACCACCACCUGCCUACCACGAACCAGAUUACGUCCCGGUAUAUACACCGCCCAGUGGCAACAAGGUCGAUCCGGACCAGAAUAGACACUACACUCCGCCUUCUGGACCUCCGCCGACCGGUGGACCCAGUCAACCUCCCCCUGUUGCGACGACGGGUGGAGCGUCAUAUGGAAGAUGA